AUGGCAACGGUAAAAGAAGAUGAUACAGAUGAGAUAAUACAAACAGAAGAACCAAUAAAACCAAAGCGCAAAAGAGGCAUGAAGGAAGUCACAGCCAAAAUGACUCCGGAGGAAUAUGAAACCUACCUUGUUCAACCUGAUGACUCUGAUGUACCGCUAAAGUGUGACAAAUGCUCCGUUACGUUUAAAAACAACAUCGAAAAGGGCCUUCAUUCUAUAAAGCACAAUGAAAAAGGAUUCUAUGAAUGCCACGUUUGUCACACUUUACACCAGUACAAAAAAGCAUUUGAUAAACAUAUAUAUAAACACGAAGGUAUUAAAAAGUAUCAAUGUCCGAUUUGCAAAAAACAGUUUGAUAUAAUACGUUUGGCAUACGAACACCAGUAUCUACAUAAUAACGAAAAACCCUUCGAUUGUGACAUCUGCGGGAAAAAGUUUACCACGUCACAUGCAGCAAAGAACCACAAACGUAUGUCUCACUACGAGAUGCUGAAUGGGCAAAAAUCUGAAAAAUACGAUUGUAAAAUAUGCAAGAAACACUACGUUCAGGCUUCUGGGUUGGCUCAUCACAACUUUAGACACCACAAAGAACUAUGGAAAAGGAAAGUCGCUCUGUGUGAAACAUGUGGCAUGGAAUUCUCGUCCCCGUCAGAACUUAAGAGUCACUCCGUGGUUCAUUCCAAAGACACACCUUUUGCGUGUGACAAGUGUCCAAAAAAGUUCUCACGGAUGAAACGUCUCAAACAACACCAAGUUGUGCACACCGGGGAACAAAGGUAUACUUGUAGUGAAUGUGGAAAGAAGUUUGCCCAUUCUUCCAAUCUUCGUAACCACGUGAAGCUGCAUACCGGGGAGAAGCCCCACACUUGUGUGAUAUGUGGUAAAGGCUAUAUUUGGUCGGGGAAUUUGAGGUUUCAUCUGAAUAGCGUUCAUAAAACACAAACUAAUGUUAACACAAAGAAGAAUUAG